UUCGCUGCGGCUUCUGUCACUUGGCCAGGUUUUGGGUGAUAUUAGGCUUUACUAAUCUUAUUUCUUGAGCUCUCACUAAUUCUAACGCCACCUUCUUCCUAGGCUGAUGUCUAAAAACUCCCCAGGCAGGGGUUUGUCCCCAUGGGCGGCCUCUAUUCCAACGGAUGAAUUACCUCUAGAUUUGUUCAUCCGCAGUGGUGUGAGCAACAUCCCGGUGGCUCUGGUUCCUUCAAAUGGAGGCUUUAUACGUCUAACCAACCCCCAGGCGAUCCAGAAAUCCCUGCAAGCUGCUACCUCUUCAUACCAGACCAUCACGGAAGUGAGGCAGUUCGGCCGAGGAGGUAUCGUGUGUCGGUCACCAGACCAGUCCUGUGUCGCGGAUUUGCUAAAGUGCUCGUCAUUCGCGUCAUUACCGGUGAGUGCCUUUAUCCCUGCUCACCUCGCCUGCACUAAGGGAAUAGUCAGAGGUGUCGAUGCUGAUCUUUCUCCCGCUGAAACACUUGAGAGAUUGUCUGGGACUGGAGUAAUUGCUGUUUACCGAUGCACUCGAGUGGUAGACAAUAAGCGGGUCCCAACAGAAUCAGUGAUUGCGACUUUUGCUGGAACUUCCUGCCCGUCAGAGCUAAAGGUGUGGCCCCUUGUGUUCAGAGUUGAACCCCUGGCGUCGCGUCCGAUUCAAUGCCGCAAUUGCUGGCGAUACGGCCAUAGUACGGCAGGGUGUAAAUCAAGACAACGUUGUUGCGCAUGUGGGGGAGAACACGCUCAAAGUGAUUGUAAUGCCCAAGAAGAGCGAUGCUGCCUCUGUGAUGGAAAUCAUCCAGCCAAUUAUUUAAACUGUUCUGUUAGGGCUCAAGAGUUACAGGUGAUUGAAAUAAUUGAUCGUCGACGCUGCUCUAGGAUGGAGGCCAUAAACAUUGUGAAAGAAAGGGCAUCUGGCUAUGCGGGGAUAAUAGGUAGACAAAAUCUUACCCCGGACCGAUCACUUACUGCAACUAUAGAGGCCGCUGUGGAAAAGGCAGUUACAAAGGCUAUGGAAAGGUUGGCAAUGAGCCUUGGUGAAUGUAUCUCACAAGCCGUUUCUAGUCAUUUAUCUCAUUUGAUGCAAACUACCUGCCCAGCUCCUGUACCAACGCAAACAGUUGAUCCUGAGCACCAAACUAAUCAUGAAAGAUCAGACGCCAAUCCUUGCAAUAACGAUAUUGGACUUUCAAAUCCCUCUUCUGCGGGUCCUACAACUUGUAAUCUGGUUAAUACAGAUUUGGAGAUGACAGAGGUAGAACAAAAUGCUCGAGCAUAUAAAAGAACCAUGUCGUCUAUUAGUGAAGACUCCUCCUCCGGUCCUCACUCAAAAGCGAAGAAAAGUCAGUCCAGUGAUGUGCUGAAGGAUAACAUUCUGCAGAAGGCAGUUUCGACUGCGGCACUUUCCAAAAAAUAGGAUCACUAAAAGUGCUUCAGUGGAACUGCCGCUCUUUAUAUUCUGCAUCAGUAGAUUUAACUUGUUUAACUUCUCAACUUAAUCCUGAUUUAAUUAUGUUACAAGAAACGUGGCUAAAACCUGAGAAAUCUUUUCAACUGAAAUUCUACAGGUCAUUUCGAUUAGACCGUCCUACAAGAGGCGGCGGGUUACUUACACUUAUCUCAUCUAAAAUUUGCCAUAAGGCUAAAAUUUCAUAUCAAGUUUCUACUCCAGAGUGUGAAAUCCUAGCUAUAAAAUUGGUUCUCCCGGGAUGUGCUCCUUUUACCCUAGUUAAUGCAUAUUUUCCAUCUGGCGUACAGGACACUAGCACACUGGAUAGUGUCAUUAACUCUUGUGGACGUGACAUUGUAAUCUCAGGUGAUUUCAAUUCUCACCAUAUCUCAUGGGGUUUAAGAACAGAUUUGUGCGGCACCCGAUUGUGGAACUGGUCGUUGGACAAUCGCCUCACGUGUGUAAACUCCGGAUCUAUUACGUUUGUUAGAGGCCGAUCUUACUCUUCACUAGAUCUUACAUUCUCUGGCCCGAGUCUCUCCGUAACUUCUUGGUCGACUAUUGAUUGUUCGACAAGCAGUGAUCACCUUCCGAUAGUAUUUGACGUUGCACGUCCGGUAACAUUUAUAGGUGACCAGGUUCGAACCUUCAUAAAUUACAACAUUUUUAAAAAAUGCCUACGAAAUGUUCUUUCAUCUCUGUCUGAUGCGCCUACAGAACAAAAAACCACGAUUAUCUGUUCCGCUUUGGAAAGUUCUCAAAAAAAGGCUCAAUUUGAGAUUGGAUUGAAUAAAAGAAAUUCUUACAGUCCUUGGUGGAAUGAAGAAUGCACUCGAGACUACAGAAAGAGAAAAGCUGCUUGGAAAAAAUUAUUGCAUAACCAGAGUCCCCAAAAUUGGAGUGACUAUAAAUUUUUUCGAGCUGUCUUUAAACAUACAGUUUCUAAAGCCAAAUAUGAAUUCGACUGUAAGCAUUUUGAUUUCUUAUCUAACAAUAAAAAUAGGCGUGCAUUGUUCCGUUUUCUCCGCGGUAGGAAAAUUCUUCCGCGCCAAAUUAAUAUUGACUCUAUAAUCUUAAGUAGCGAUGAAAUGAAACAAUCACUAGAAGAAAUCGCGAAGGGAUUAGAAAUUAGAUUUUCUUCUGUCUUACCAAGUGGUUCUCGCUUACGAAGGGCAUCAGAUGAUUUUACAGAAAUCUCUAUGUUAGAAUUGGCUGAAAUCGUGGAGCGACUUCCAGAUUCAGCUCCCGGUGUGGAUGGGGUAACAUCUACUAUGAUCAGAAUUUUAUUUAAGGAAGCUCCUGAUGACCUUUUGGCUAUUGUAAAUUACUCAAUUCGCUUCUCAUGGAUUCCGUCUGCGUGGAAAAUUGCUAAAAUCAUCCCUAUUCUUAAAAAUCAUGGGGAAGGAUAUACAAUAGAUAACAUUAGGCCAAUUGCGCUAACUUCAAAUUUGGUUAAAUUAAUUGAAAGAAUUCUAUAUGCCCGCAUGAUUAAAUUUAUACAGAACAAGGACUUGCUUAGCCCCUGCCAAAUUGGAUUCCGACCAUCAUGUUCAAUUUGGCAUGCUCACGUGGACCUAGAAAGUAGAAUAAAAUUAGCACGACGACAGAGGCAAAUAGGUGCUCUUGUGACAUUAGACAUUUCCAAAGCCUACGACAGUGUAGAACACUUAAUUUUAUUAGAUAUAUUGCGAAAUCUAGACAUUCCAAAUUAUUUUUCAAACUGGAUUGGUGAGUUUUUAAAUGGAAGAACAUUUUACUGCAGUCUGAGAGGCGUUUCCUCUAGUAUAUAUAAUCAAUCACGAGGUGUUCCUCAAGGAGCUGUCACUUCACCAUUACUAUUUAAUAUUCUGAUGUGUUCCAUUCCUCUUCAUCAAGAUGUACAAACAUACGUAUACGCGGAUGACAUUGCUUUCUUCGCAUCAGACAGUGAUAUUCACUCUCUAUAUUAUCGACUACAAAACUACCUCAACGCCAUAGAAACCUGGUUAAACAAAAUUCGCCUUUCACUUAACGUUAGAAAAUCCUCGAUAUUGGUUUUUCCUCUUAAUAAUCCCGUUAAUAUAUCGAUAUCUUAUCGCCUCGAGACUAUACCUCAAGUGGAGUCGGUGAAAUACUUAGGUGUAGUAUAUGACGGUUCCCUCAACUGGCUCGGCCAUAUCGACCAUAUCGUUAAAAAAGGAGUACGAGCAGUUGGUAUGCUACGUAAGCUGUGCAAUAGUCGGUCCGGAAUGCGGAGAGAUCCACUUUUAAUGAUAUACAAAAUGUAUGUGCGGCCCAUUUUAGAAUUUGGAUGUGUUUUAUUUUCUGGUGCCCCAGCUUAUAAAUUACGUCCCCUUGUUCUACUUGAGCGGGAAGCCCUACGACUGUGUUGUGGAUUACCGAAAUAUGUUGCCAAUAACAUAUUACACCAAGAAGUCAGGUUGCCCUCAAUAUUGUGUAGAUUUCGGUUACUGACGGUGCAAACAGUCUUGAAAUUGUAUGAAUCCCCUAUUAGAAGAUUGAAAUACAUAUUCAUUUCCCAGCCUGCACUUUUCUUCGGAGUACACUGGCAUCGUUUUCAUACACCACAGGUGGUCUUCGUACAAACAUUGAUAAACCCCUUAAAUGUACGUCUUUGGGAGGUAUCGCCUAUUUGUGAUGUGCGAGAGAACCUAAAAAUUAUAUAUGAUGACAUCUACCCAAAUAAUGCAAAACAUCUUCCUUAUAAUAUAUUAAACGGCUUAUUACAGGACCAUUUAUUGGGUUUAUCUAUAAGUACGGUCAUUGCGACAGACGCCUCACAGUGUGAAGAAAAAUCUGGAAUUGGCAUUUUCUCUCCCGCUCUAAACUGGUCAUUUGCAAUCAGGAUUCCGGACUUUUAUUCCGUAUUUUUGGCUGAAUUUCUAGCUGUAGUCCUAGCCUUACGCAAACUAAAUUUGUCAACAUCGGCGGUAGUAAUUAUAACAGAUUCUUUAUCCUUAUGUUCCUCGCUAACAGCAAAUGGUGUCACUAACCUUUUACGUACAUUUCAUUUUCUAGUACCUGCCCACAUAAAUUUAAUUAGAUUGCUUUGGGUGCCUGGACAUAAAGGAUUAGUCAUGAAUGAAAUGGCUGACAGUCUCGCGAGAGCGGCCCUCAGUGGCCCUGUAUUACCAUUACUUCCUACAAUAGCUUACCUGACGACUACUAGAUUCAGGAGAUAUACAAUUACUCAAGACUUUUUGAACCCAGCUGUAGCAAAUUUUUCCGAGUAUCGACACCUCCUAUUCCCUUGGCCUAAAAAUUCCUUUCACACAAGAAAAACUGAAGUCAUCUUUACCCAAUUACGUUGUCGAAUACCAAAAUUAAACUUUUAUCGUCACAGGGCUGGUCUGGUGCCCUCCCCUCUGUGCCCAGUCUGUGGAGAAGAUGAAACAAUCGAUCAUUUUUUCAUAUUCUGCCGCCGUUUCACUUCUUUAAGAAAAAAUCUAGAAUCAAGAUUUACACAGCUUGGUUUGAGCUUUUCAAUUAUAAAUAUCCUUUCUCUAGGAGCCUCCUCUCUUGGACAGUGCCACAGGGAUAUUUGCUCAACCGUGGAGGAUUUUAUAAUUGCUACGAAGAGGUUGUCUUGAAUUAUUAAACAUUUUAUUUUUGUUCUUUUCCUCCAGUUAGCUUUACCAUUUACAGUUUUUUAAUAAAGAUAGCCUAAUUUCAUCCAAAUCUUGGCCAAUCCCCCACAGUGGGUGUGCGCCAUCGCUCAAGGAAUACCAUACCAUACC